AUGGCUUCGCUAGCAGCAGCUCAAGUUCAAGAAGUACGGUCCAUAACGCGUAUAGAACGUAUUGGCGCACAUUCUCACAUACGCGGGUUAGGUUUAGAUGAUGCUUUGGAACCUAGAGCUAUAUCUCAAGGCAUGGUGGGUCAAAAAAUGGCGAGAAAAGCCGCUGGCGUCAUAUUACAGAUGAUUCGAGAAGGCAAAAUAGCAGGCAGAGCAGUAUUGCUAGCGGGUCAACCUGGUACUGGAAAGACAGCAAUAGCCAUGGGUCUUGCACAAGCGUUAGGUCCAGAUACACCUUUCACUAGCAUGGCGGGAUCUGAAAUCUACUCACUUGAAAUGAGCAAAACCGAAGCGUUAACACAAGCUAUAAGAAAGUCGAUAGGCAUUCGCAUUAAAGAAGAGUCAGAGAUAAUAGAAGGAGAAGUAGUAGAAGUUGUAAUAGAGAGAGCAGUAGGUAGUGGUGGAGCGAGGACUGGACGCCUAACAUUGAAGACCACAGAUAUGGAAACCAAUUAUGAUAUGGGGACUAAGAUGAUUGAUUCGCUUUUAAAAGAAAAAGUACAAGCAGGUGAUGUAAUAACCAUAGACAAAGCGACAGGGAAAAUCAAUAAGUUGGGACGUAGCUUUGCCAGAGCCCGAGAUUAUGAUGCCACAGGACAGCAAGCCCGUUUCGUUCAAUGUCCCGAGGGUGAAUUGCAGAAGCGUAAAGAAGUGGUUCACACAGUCACCCUGCACGAGGUGGAUGUUAUUAAUUCAAGGACACAUGGCUUUCUCGCUUUGUUUUCUGGUGAUACAGGUGAAAUCAAAUCUGAAAUUCGCGAACAGAUAAACAGUAAAGUGGCCGAAUGGAGAGAGGAAGGGAAAGCCGAGAUGAUACCGGGUGUUCUGUUUGUUGAUGAAGCACACAUGCUGGACAUAGAAUGCUUUUCGUUCCUAAACCGCGCGUUAGAGUCGGAAACCGCGCCCGUAGUGAUAAUGGCGACCAAUCGCGGGAUUACCCGUAUCCGUGGGACUAACUAUAAAAGUCCCCACGGGAUUCCCUUGGAUUUGCUGGACAGAAUGAUAAUUGUUCCCACAACGCCCUACAGCCACCAGGAGUUGCGGGAGAUAUUGAAUAUCAGAUGCGAAGAGGAGGAUUGCCAGAUGUCGUCGGAGGCGCUGACGGUGCUGACGCGCGUCGCGACGGAGACCUCGCUGCGGUACGCCAUACAGCUGAUUACCACCGCCUCGCUCGUCGCCAAGAGGAGGAAGGCCAACGAGGUCAGUAUGGAAGAUGUAAAGAAGGUAUACUCCCUGUUCCUCGAUGAACAUCGGUCGGAGCAGUUUUUGAAGGAAUAUCAGGACGAGUUCAUGUUCAGUGAUGGAUCUGGAGAUGCGCCACAAAUGAUGGAAGUGACGCAA